AUGACCGUCACCAAAGUGGUCAACUCCAGCGCUCCUCCGGCGCCCAAAAACUUUAUUCAGGCUGAGCGAGACGCAGCCGUUUUCAACCCUGAAGUCAUGAACUACUUUCUCGAAGGAUCGCAAGAACGGUCUCAAGAAACAAAAGCCAUGAUUCAGCAGAUGGAAAGAGACCCGAUCUUGGCAGCCCGUUCCAGUGACUAUGACAUGACCAAGGCUGAGGCCAGAGAAAACACGAUUGCCAAAAUCAACCGGUUGCUGAGAUACAUUGAAAGUGAGACAUUUGAUGAAUUUGAAAGAAGAAUGUCAUUAAUCUCGGUAUUUGACCCCCAAUUACACACCCGGGUGGGGGUGCAUCUCGGAUUGUUCAUUGGAUGCAUCCGAGGUAACGGAACCUUUGCCCAGAUGAACUACUGGGUGUUGGAGAAGGAAAGCGCGUUUAUCAAGAACAUCUACGGGUGUUUUGCCAUGACCGAAUUGGCACACGGGUCCAACGUGGCGGGAUUGGAAACCACCGCCACCUACGACGAGGACAACGACCAGUUCAUCAUCAACACGCCUCACGUCGGUGCUACCAAGUGGUGGAUCGGAGGUGCAGCCCACUCGGCCACACACUCUUCUGUAUACGCCAGAUUAAUUGUCAAGGGCAAGGACUAUGGUGUCAAGACGUUUGUGGUGCCCUUGAGAGACUCCAACCACGAGUUGAUGCCCGGGGUGACAGUGGGGGACAUCGGGUCCAAGAUGGGCAGAGAAGGAAUUGACAAUGGGUGGAUCCAGUUUUCCAACGUCAAGAUCCCCCGGUUCUUCAUGUUACAGAAAUAUGCCAAGGUGGAUUCCAACGGGAACGUGGAGCAGGCAGCUCUCAACCAGUUGUCGUACUCGGCGUUGUUGGGUGGCCGGGUGGUGAUGGUUAAGGAUGCGUUCAGAUGGUCAUCGCGGGUCAUCACCAUUGCUACUCGGUAUGGAGUGGGUAGAAGACAGUUUCAAGCGGCCAAGGCCAAGGAACUGGACCCGGAGAGUCAGCUCUUGGACUACCCAUUGCACCAACGGCGGUUGAUUCCGAUUUUGGCCAUGUGUUAUGCCUUCUCCAAUGGAGCCAACGUGUUGGCCGACUACGCCAAAGAGGCCAACGAGAUCUUGGACCUGGCGGUGGCCAACGACGACAAGGCCGGUAUCGACCGCGGAGUCGCCUUGGCCAAGUCGUUGUUUGUGGCCAGUGGCUCGUUAAAGUCCACAUGUACCUGGUUGACCUUGAACAACAUUGAUCAGUGUAGACAGGCGUGUGGGGGGCAUGGCUACUCUGCCUAUUCGGGCUUUGGAAAGGCCUACAACGACUUUGCCGUGCAGUGUACCUGGGAAGGUGAUAACAAUAUCUUGGGAAUGUCUGUGGGUAAGCAAUUGGUGAAGAAUAUCAAAUCAGUGUUGGAAGGUGGUGAAAAGCCUGAGGGAAUCUUGGAGUUCUUGAACAAUGCUCCCAAGUACAUCAACAACAAGGAUGCCAUUUUGGACUCCGAUGCGUUGUCAGACACCAGUAAGCUUUUGCAGGCGAUUCAGGUGGUGUUGAUCCGUGGGUCUUAUCAAUGUUUGAAGGCAUUGGAGGCCAAUGGUGAAGAUUGGGAUUAUAUUGGGGCUGACUUGGUGACGUUGUCCAAGUUGUUGGCCCACUUUUUCUUGUUGAAGGCAUUUUUGGACAAGAUUGACUCCAUGAGCUCGCCUGACGAAAAGGUGUUGGUGGAGAUUUUGGAUAAGUUGGCACAAUUAUACUCGGCCACCAUUGUAUUGGAGGCAUUUUCCGGGUUCUUUUUGUCUUACUCGGUGAUUCUGGCCGAUGCCAUGACCACCUUAACCACCGGUAGAAUCCAGGAGUUGUGUAGCCAGAUCCGGCCACACGUGAUCCCCUUGACGGACGCGUUCCAGUUGUCAGACAUGAUGAUCAACUCGUCCUUGGGAGGUUAUGACGGGAACUUUUACGAGGAGUACUUUAAGAUUGUCAAGGACAACAAUCCGGCACCGGGAAGCUUCCAUGCUCCAUACACGGCCUCGAUUAAGGCGAUGUUGCAGAGACCUAGUUAUGAUGAUCGGACGAGACAGGAGUUUACUGAUGAGACAGCGGAGCUGUUGGACCCGGAAGAGGAUGAUUAG